AUGUUGCCCAGCAACAGACUUUGUCCAGAGCAGCAGAGUAUAUGUAUUGUGCUGCAGCUCCAUAUUGUAAACUUAACCAUCUCAAAUGGCAUUUUCCUGUUGACGUGUGCACAACUGGCAAGGGAGAGGUUGAAGGCCAUUAAACACACUCACAACCUCUUCAAACUGCAGCAGGUCCUUUUCAUAGCAGCCCUGAGGUCACACAAGCAUGCUCAUGAUAGGACAGAACCAGUGGCAACAGUCAUGCAGGUGAGACAAUCUCUCAACAGGUACAUGGAGCACCAUUGUAUUAAUGCCACAGAUCUACACAUUUUCACCCUCUUCUUGAAAAUUGUGGAGGAGUAGAGGGCUGUUCUGAGGCUCCUGAAGGGCUUCUCAGCUACAACAUCAGCAAACUGCAGGCUCGUGUUACAUCAAGGACCGAGUUUGACAAUAGACGUCCUUUAUUUUGUCUGUAGUUACCCACAUGAUAAAGUGAAUCGACUGAGCUGUGACGAGGCCAGGAACUACUACAGUGGUGUAGUAAGCCUUAUCCCACUAGCACUGGAGCUACUGCAAAGGAUGGCCAGUUCCUACACCUACUGCGGCCAGGACACCACAUCUGCUGGGAAUCCUAAUGUGGAUGUGCUUGAGUCCUCAGGACAGCGAGGUGGGACGGCUGGUGUGGGAGACGUGUAUUUCAGCCCGACUGGGUAUGCUACUGGUGCUCAUAACACUAAGAAGACCCAAGCUAAGAGAACAGGCGCGUGGCAUGCAAUCAAGCCAGCCUGGAGACCUCCUAGCCUCACCACCAGGAUUAGGCCUUUUCCUUCCUGACGGGCCGCCCCCAGGUGGUGAGGGUAGGCAACAACAUCUCCACCACGCUGAUCCUCAACACUGAGGCCCCACAAGGGUGCGUUCUGAGCCCUCUCCUGUACUCCCUGUUC